AGGGCUGGGAUGAGACGCUCCCUUGCUGGGCCUCUGACUGCUCCCGCACCCGAAUUUUGGAACCCGAGUGCGGGCUCACACCCUGUGCGGAGGGGCGUUGGUCACCGCAUGGAGAAGGGCCUUCCCCGGACCCGUUUUCUCCCGCUCCAUCCCCUGGCCCUGCGCCCGGGGAUGACCCACUGCUUUGCAAACUUGUCUGAAUGCAGAGAUGGCAGAGGUCGCGGAGCGAGUCUGGGUCGCCGGGCACCACUCCAGCUGCCUGGAAUAGGCUGGGUGAAACAGAACAGACUCUGUGAAAGCUUACGGAAGACAGCGCGUGUCCCUGCCACCGGUCUUGGGGAGGCCGAAAUCGCUCGACCCUUCGCGCCCCGCACACGCGUCCCCUUCUACCCCGGGCGCCCACGACCUCCGCCCGGAGCCCCCCGCAGGAUUCUCGGUGCGGCUCACCCCUGUCCGCCCACAGGGCCGGGAGGGCGGAGCGAGCUGCCGUGACGUAAUGGGGGGGCGUGGGGAAAUGAGCCGAGGGGCCCGCGCUCGGCACGGCCAGUCCAGGCGGCGCAGCCACCCGCGCGCGCGGUCCGUCACUCGCGCCCGGAGCCUCAGUCCGCGGCUCGGCGCCCGGGAUCUGUGGGCCCAGCGAGCUCUCGGCGGUGCGACUCGCGAGCGGAGCGGGCAGCUCUGGACGCCGAGCACCGGCCAAGCGGCUGCGCACCCGGCUGGGUUGGGGACGGCCGCUGGGUGCCGGCGAACCGAGUUGGCGGAUAGCAGCGGAAAAGCAAAGAUGCCACAGUGGAUCCUUUGCCUCCAGGACCCGUGAAGGUGAGAGUAAGAUCUCUGGCUGGUGGGAACUAGCCUAAGCUGUCAGGCAGCCAUGGAUGUGGCAUAUGAACUACUCAAUGGGACCCAACCUUGGCUUUCCUCUCCAUUCGACCUCAGUGGCUCUGUGGCUACAGCCAACAUUUCAAACCAAACAGAGCCAUACUAUGACCUGACCAGCAAUGCAGUCCUCACCUUCAUAUAUUUUGUGGUCUGCAUCAUUGGGUUGUGUGGCAACACGCUUGUCAUUUAUGUCAUCCUCCGCUAUGCCAAGAUGAAGACCAUCACCAACGUUUACAUCCUCAACCUGGCCAUCGCAGACGAACUCUUCAUGCUGGGUUUGCCCUUCCUGGCCAUGCAGGUGGCUCUGGUCCACUGGCCCUUUGGCAAGGCCAUCUGCCGGGUCGUCAUGACUGUGGAUGGCAUCAAUCAGUUCACCAGCAUCUUCUGCUUGACAGUCAUGAGCGUUGACCGAUACCUGGCUGUGGUCCACCCCAUCAAGUCGGCCAAGUGGAGGAGACCCCGGACAGCCAAGAUGAUCAACGUGGCUGUGUGGGGGGUCUCUCUGCUGGUCAUCUUGCCUAUCAUGAUAUAUGCUGGCCUUCGGAGCAACCAAUGGGGGAGGAGCAGCUGCACCAUCAACUGGCCAGGCGAAUCCGGGGCGUGGUACACAGGCUUCAUCAUCUACGCCUUCAUCCUGGGGUUCCUGGUGCCCCUCACCAUCAUCUGUCUUUGCUACCUGUUCAUUAUCAUCAAAGUGAAGUCCUCUGGAAUCCGAGUGGGUUCCUCCAAGAGGAAAAAGUCUGAGAAGAAGGUCACCCGGAUGGUGUCCAUCGUGGUGGCCGUCUUCAUUUUCUGCUGGCUCCCCUUCUACAUCUUCAAUGUCUCUUCGGUGUCCGUGGCCAUCAGUCCCACCCCAGCCCUUAAGGGCAUGUUUGACUUUGUGGUGGCCCUCACCUAUGCUAACAGCUGUGCCAACCCUAUCCUGUACGCCUUCUUGUCUGACAACUUCAAGAAGAGCUUCCAGAAUGUCCUCUGCUUGGUCAAGGUGAGUGGCACAGACGACGGGGAACGAAGUGACAGCAAGCAGGACAAAUCCCGGCUGAAUGAGACCACGGAGACCCAGAGGACCCUCCUCAAUGGAGACCUCCAGACCAGUAUCUGAACUGCCUGAAAAAUCAAUCAGUCAAGCGCCAAGCUCUGCGACCGGCUGUGUGCUCCGCACCCCACCCCCUUCCCUCCCUCACCCAUCACCUGGCUUCUAGAAUAUGGAAGUGCUCAGCAUGAGUCCACUUCAGAGAAUGGUGUUUGAGUCCGGCUUGUCUGAGUGAAUGACAAUGUAUUAAGCUGAUUACCUCCCCCUUAAAGUGAACAUUUAAAUGCAGGCAGACAAUUCAGAGUCUGGAGAGGUGAUCUUUGGAGACCCUGAAGUUCCACAAAAACAGAAAACCCUCUCUGUGUGUUUGUGUGUUUAAAGCCCAAUAUGUAGUCUUGUGGUCUUACAUUUAUACUUGCCUGUUCCUAUCUAGUCCCUGUAUAGUCAUGACCUACGUUUCCUGAGUUCAUGUACACAAGUAGAAAGUUCAAAUGUGCAUAGUAUAGGUGGACAUUUAUUUCAAUAUGGUACCCACAGGAAUGGACUUACCCUGAAGCCAAUAAAGUUUAAGCUUCAGGGGUCUCUCUUGCUUUGGCAGUAUGUUCACAUGGCCGUAUGUUUUUGGGAAAAAAAAAAAAGAAAGUAAAA